UAAAAUCCCCAAUUCACAACCCUAAUUGAUCGGAGAUUGUCCAAACUCUCUGACAUUUUUGCCGAAUUCGAAGCAUUCCUUCUAUCUUCUCCGUCUUCUUCGCAGAAUCGCGUUAUGCAUCUCAAUUUUUAGAUUGUAACUUAGGGUUACUGAUUGUUGUAAUGCUCUGAAUUCCCCUCUAACGAGGAUUUGUUGUCACUGCAAUCGAUUUUUGCCGAUUAGGUUUAAUUUAGGGCAUUAUUUGCGUACCUCUUGUAUUGUAUAGUUCUUUGGAAUGGAGAAUCCUCGUAGACCGUUUGAUAGAUCCAGAGAUCCAGGUCCGAUGAAGAAACCCAGGCUCAGCGAGGAAUCAAUCCGGCCUGUUAAUUCCAACGCGCGGCAGUUUUUGUCGCAGAGAACGCUUGGUACGGCUACGGCGGUGACAGUGCCACCUGCUUCGUCAAGGUUUCGAGUUAGUGGUAGAGAAACUGAGAGUAGUAUUGUCAGUGAUCCGAGCCGAGAGGCUUACCAGCCACAGCCGGUUCAUCCACAUUAUGAGCUUGUGAAUCAGUACAAGUCUGCACUGGCUGAGCUCACUUUCAACUCGAAGCCGAUAAUAACGAACCUUACAAUAAUUGCUGGAGAGAAUGUUCAUGCUGCUAAAGCCGUCGUAACCGCCAUUUGCAACAACAUCCUCGAGGUACCAAGUGAUCAGAAGCUGCCAACACUGUACCUGUUAGACAGCAUUGUGAAGAACAUCGGAAGGGAUUACAUUAAGUACUUUGGUGCCAGGCUGCCUGAGGUUUUUGUUAAGGCUUACAGGCAAGUUGACCCUCCUAUGCAUUCUAACAUGCGGCAUCUUUUUGGAACCUGGAAAGGAGUCUUUCAUCCGCAAACACUUCAGCUUAUUGAGAAAGAACUUGGCUUUAAUGCUAAAAGUGAUGGUUCAGCAGCUGUUGUAUCCACAGCCAGAGCUGAGCCGCAAUCUCAGCGCCCACCACAUAGCAUCCAUGUGAAUCCCAAGUAUCUAGAAAGGCAGCGCCUUCAGCAGUCGGGACGGACAAAAGGAAUGGUUACUGAUGUCCCAGAGACCGCACCCAAUUUGACUAGGGAUUCAGAUAGACUGGAGAGAGUUUCAAGCAUAGCAUCUGGAGGCUCGUGGGUAGGUCCAGCUAAAGUAAAUAACAUUCGGCGACCUCAAAGAGAUUUACUUAGUGAGCCCCUCUACGAGAAAGAUAUCGAGUCAAUAGCAGGGGAAUAUGAUUAUGCUUCUGAUCUACCACAUAACUCUAGAUCGGUGAUUAAGAAUGUUGGUUCAAGGAUUACUGAUGACGGAUGUGAGAAACAAUGGUACGGAGCUACGAACAGGGAUCCUGAUCUGAUUUCUGACCAAAGGGAUGGGUUACAUUCCAAAAGCAGAACUUCCAACUAUGCUACGGCUAGAGUAGAAAAUUUGGAAUCAAGUGGUCCCAGUAGAAAUAUAGGUGUGCCUUAUGAUAGUUGGAAAAACUCUGAGGAAGAAGAGUUUAUGUGGGAUAUGCACUCAAGGUUAUCCGAAACUGAUGUAGCCACUAUCAACCCAAAGAACGAGCUUCAUGCACCAGAUGAAUCAGAGAGACUGGAAUCUGAAAACCACCUCUUAAAACGACCAAGGUUUUCAGCUCUCGACCCAAGGUUUGACCCAGCGAAUUCAACAAAUUCAUAUUCCAGCGAGCAAAAAGAUCCAAGUAGUAUUGGGCACUGGGCGUUUUCUUCUACCAAUGCAACCUCGACUGCAACUAGAAAGGGAAUUCAGCCUCAACCAAGGGUUGCAAGCUCUGGAAUUUUGCCAAGCUCAGGAUCUGGGUCAGAUAGACAAUCGCCUUUACAUGAUUCAACUUCUAAACAGAAUGUGACCAAGCAAGAUGUUAGAAGAGCUCACUCACUCCCCCAACGUGAUCCUAGGGCUUCCCGGUUUCCAGCAAAACAAAAUGUUCCCAGGGAUGACUCUGUACGGCUCCCAUCUUCAAGUAGUCAGUUUAAAAACACAAAUAUGCGUGAACUACCAGUGGAAAUCUUUGACUCUAAGUCAGCAGCUGAAAAUGCCCCAGGCCUUACUCUUGCCUCAGAAGCUACAGGACAACCCAACAUGAGUGAUUUGCUAGAAGCUGUCAUGAAGAGUGGAAUCCUUUCUAAUAAUUCAACAUGUGGUGCGAUCAAGGAGGAAAGUCAUGAUGAGGUCAACCCGGGGGCACUAACCCUGCCAGCAGCCUCUAAGCCUAAGACUUUGCCAAUUUCAUUGGCUACUGACAAUUUAUUAGCUCGUUUAAAAGUUGAACAAUCCUCCGCACCACUUGUCUCAUGUGCAGCGUCUCUUACUGGCAUCACCUCAGUACAAACGUCAAAAGAGAAAAGUAAGGCCUCAGAUCCUCUUUCAUGCCUCUUAAGCUCUUUAGUUUCGAAGGGCUUGAUAUCUGCUUCGAAGACAGAGCUGCCAUCGGCUCCUUCCAUAACGCAGGAACACAGUCCUGAUCAUUCCACCAAUAGCUCUAUGUCUGUAUCUGUGGUUCCAGCAGAUGCUCAGCCAUCUGUUUUGGUGAAGGGGCCAUCUACUGCCCCUAAGGUAAAAGGGUUAGCUGCACCAUCUGAAACAUCAAAAUCUGAACCCAAGGACCUCAUAGGAUUGAAGUUUAGGGCGGACAAAAUCCGUGAACUUCACCCUUCGGUCAUUAGUAGUCUAUUCGAUGACCUUCCCCAUCUCUGCACCUCCUGCAGCGUUCGCCUUAAACAAAAGGAAGAACUUGAUAGGCACAUGGAGCUGCAUGAUAAGAAGAAGCUCGAGUUAAGUGGCACAAACAGUAAAUGUAGGGUUUGGUUUCCAAAGGUUGAUAACUGGAUAGCAGCAAAAGCGGGAGAGUUAGAACCUGAAUAUGAAGAAGUUCUGAGUGAACCUGAGAGUGCUAUUGAGGAUUGUCAAGCCGUAGCUGCUGAUGAGACCCAAUGCGCAUGUAUAUUAUGUGGAGAAGUAUUUGAGGAUUAUUUCAGUCAAGAAAUGGCUCAAUGGAUGUUCAAGGGAGCUUCUUACCUGACCAAUCCUCCAGCCAACAGUGAGGCCAGUGGUCCUAUCGUCCAUACAGGUUGUCUGACCACGAGUUCAUUGCAGAGCUUGGAAGUUGGAAUUGCAAUCAAGCAGGAAAUUGUUGAGUAGCCUCCAUAUAAAGACCUAUGGUGGAGGAAGAAGUGGCAUCACAGAGGAAACAGGUUCGUGAUUCCUCUGAGUUCCUCAUGAUGCUAGUUUUGUAGAAAAGUGUCGAGCUUUUGAGUUAAGGAAAAAAGAUGUGCAGCAUUUUUAAUUUUAUUUUUUCUUAUUUGUCUCUCCUUUUUCAUCAUAUACAAAUACAAAAAGAGCAAAGAGGCCUUCCCAAUAUCGGACAUUUCCAUAUUCUAUGCCUUUC